AUUAGAAUACGGACAUGUCUCCAAACGCUACUGGCCAUGGCGAUGUCUUCUUCCUGUCCAGUGACAGCUUCACCCAUGCACUUCCUCCCGGACUCCAAUCCACCCUACAAUCUCCUCCACACCCACCAAUCUCUAUCCCUUCUCUCCAAAUGCAGAACCAUCGAAAAUCUCCGGCAAAUACACUCCCAAAUCAUCAAAUGCGGCUUGCAUCACUCCCCUUUCGCGCUUAGCAAGCUAGUCCAAUUUUGCGCCAUUUCCCCCUACGGUGACAUCUCCUAUGCGCUAUCCAUCUUUGACACCAUCGAAAACCCAAAUGUUGUUGUAUAUAACAUGAUGAUUCGCGGAUACUCGUUGAGUUCGAGCCCGGGAUUGGCUCUUGAGUUUUACAGAAGAAUGCUUUUCUCGGGGAAUCGUCCGAAUUCUUAUACGUUUCCGUUUGUUUUUAAAUCCUGCGCGAGAAUGGCGAUGGGUCGGGUUGGGAAACAGGUUCAUGGGCAUGUUUUGAAGGUUGGGCUUGAGAGUGAUGUUUAUGUACAUGCUUCUUUGGUUAACAUGUACGCGCAAACUGGUGAACUGAGUUGUGCACGGUUGGUGUUGGAUAAAAGUUCUUAUAGGGAUGCGGUGUCUUUUACGUCGUUGAUAUGUGGGUAUGUUUUGAGGGGGUUCUUGGAUGAUGCCCGUAAGCUGUUUGAUGAAAUUCCUGUUAGAGAUGUGGUUUGCUGGAAUGCUAUGAUUUCCGGGUAUGCUCAAGUGGGUCGGUAUAAAGAGGCACUGGCUUUGUUUGAAGAGAUGAAGAGAGAAAAUGUGACUCCUGAUGUGAGCACACUGCUGAGUCUUCUCUCUGCUUGUGCCCAUUUGGGUGAACUGGGAUUUGGCAUUUGGGUCCAUUCUUGGAUUGAAGAUCAUGGCCUUAGUUCAAAUCUUCGGCUUAUUAACGGGCUUAUAGACAUGUAUGCAAAAUGUGGUGAUUUAGAUUCAGCAAAAAGGUUGUUUGAGAGUAUGGGGGAGAGGGAUCUCAUCUCCUGGAAUGUUAUGAUUGGAGGUUACACACUUAAGGGCAAGUACAAAGAAGGCUUAUCUGUUUUUCGCCAAAUGCAGCGGUCUAGGGUAGAGCCUAAUGAUGUAACUUUCUUAAGCAUUCUUCCAGCUUGUGCACAUUUGGGUGCACUGGAUCUUGGCAAAUGGAUACAUGCUUAUAUUGACAGGCAUCAAGAUGACUUUAAGAAUGCCUCUCUGUGGACAAGUCUUAUUAAUAUGUAUGCCAAAUGUGGGAAUGUAGAAGCUGCAGAACAAGUUUUCAAUGGAAUGGAGACAAAAACGUUGGCUUCUUAUAACGUGAUGAUAUCCGGGCUAGCCAUGCAUGGAGAUGCGUAUAAAGCGCUGGAGGUUUUUGCAGAAAUGAAAGAGAAAGGAUUCGAGCCAGACAACAUAACAUUUGUCAGUGUUUUAUCAGCUUGCAGCCAUGCUGGUAUGGUUGAUCUUGGGCGACAGUAUUUCAAUUCCAUGAUCCAAGAUUACAAUUUUGCGCCAAAGUUGCAACACUAUGGGUGCAUGAUAGACCUUUUAGGUCGCGCUGGACUGUUGGAUGAAGCCAUGGCCCUCGUACAAAGCAUGGAUGUCGAGCCAGAUGGUGCUAUAUGGGGUUCUUUGCUUGGUGCCUGCAGAAUUCAUGGAAAAGUUGAAUUGGGUGAAUUUGCUGCUAAGAACCUUUUUGAACUGGAACGCGAUAAUCCCGGAGGGUAUGUGCUGUUAUCAAACAUCUAUGCAAGAGCUGGUAGAUGGGAUGAUGUAGGUAGAAUAAGAACCUUUCUCCACAACAAGGGAUUGAAGAAAGUCCCGGGCUGCACCUCCAUUGAGGUGGAUAGCAUAGUUCACGAGUUCCUUGCCAGUGACAGAACACAUCCAGAGAGCGAGAAAAUAUAUGGGAUGCUCGAAGAAGUGGACAAGCUUUUGGAGAUGGCAGGACAUGUUCCUGAUACAUCUCAAGUACAUCGAGAUGUAGACGAAGAGUGGAAAGAAGGGGUGUUGAGCCAACACAGCGAGAAGUUGGCCAUUUCUUUCGGGUUGGUUAGUACAAAGCCCGGGACAACUCUCAGGAUUUUCAAGAACCUGAGGGUGUGCAGCAACUGCCAUUCAGCUACAAAGCUGAUAUCCAAGAUCUUCAACAGGGAAAUCAUUGCCAGAGAUCGGAGUCGGUUUCACCAUUUCAAGGAUGGCUCUUGUUCAUGUAAGGACUACUGGUGAAAUGCUCAGACCAAGAAAGUUGAUCUGUUAAUGCUCCUUCGGAGCUAAUGGUAUAGUUAGUAGCGAAGGCGCAACUUUUAUUUAUACUGCCACACAUUUUUGAGACACUGGGUGCUGUUUAAGCCCUUUAUCGGCCUCCACCCACAACCCCGUCACCAGGUGUUUAGACUUGGCCUUUACUGGCCUCCGUCCAAUAGAAGGCAAUGAAAAUAGCACAUGUAAAGCUGUAAGUCUUUAACCUUUUGAGUCUGUAAAUACUGAUUGUUCUGAUAGUGUUAAUACAGAAUUCUUAGAAUCA